AUGUCAACUAUGCCAGUCAUCAAGAAGGAAGGAAGCCCGGAGCCGCCAAUCGCAUCAAUUGCGUCCGCUGUCUCCUCGAGUGAGCUCUCGAAGAGGGCGCCAAUGUCGGCACCCCGCCAUAUCCCUAGCAAGGAACGAGAUGCCAGUAUGUUGCAGCCACAGCGAACCAUGCUGCCGCCUCCGCGACCAGCUAGGAAGCCUUCCUUGGUAGCCAGAACGCCACACCUUGCUCGGUCGGCGUACACUGGCAGCUCUCCCCAUAAGUUUGCGCUGCAAGUGCUUGGUAACAACAGCAGUCGUCUCAAUGUUCCUCCACCGGUGUUCUCGAGCCUUUCGUCUCGACGUGGUCUUGCCAUAGCAACGGGUCGCGUCAACAAGACAACAGCGUCGACAACUGCAACGUGCAACAAAACACCAAACUUGCCCAAGAUUACACAUCUCACGAAACACAUCAAACCUAAAAAGUACACAACGAAAACGAAAGCGAAACGCGACACAAUGGAUCAGCGCGAUUUCGCUAAUGGCGGUGAUUACUUUGGCGGAGAUGAGUUUCUCGACUUCCCGCCUAUGAUGCUGCAAGGCGUAGAACAUGACGAUGUCGUUACCGUUCCUCGCGAGCAGCUCGAAGAACUACAGUAUUCUGUACAGACACUGCAUCAUGCCAACGCUACCAACGAGCAGAAGUGUAAGUCAAAACCCCCAGAGCGUAGUUCAGGACAUCGCACCCCACGCUGGCCAAGCCAGAACGUGAGCGAUGCCAUGGAGCCGUCUUCAACCUCUUUGGUUUGUCCUCAUGCUGACUACUUUACAGUGCAAGAACAGGGCCACUUGAUUGUCGAGCUGGUGGGCUUUAACCGGAGAACGCAUAUCGCCCUUGAAGAGAUCCAUGAGCGCAUGAGGAGUCUUGGACCCGCGACACCCCUCCAGAUGCACCAGGAGCCGAGCUCUGCACUCGGUACUCCGUUCCAGCCAAUGUCUGCCUAUCACGCUUCUAACGAUGAUCGCUCAAGGAGUCCUUCGCCAGAUCGCAGCAACUAUAGGGCGCGAGACGAGCCAGGCAAAGUCAGAAAGGGCAAGGGCCGUAAGGUAUUGGAGAUUCAAAUUCCGGGCAAGAUGUAUGCAGGCUCUGCCAUAGGCUUGCCGACCCCACUUACACAGUCUGCGGGAUUUAUGGAUCGUUCUCCCGUUACACCCCUCACGCCUGGCCGCACUGGUCCCCCGAGCGGUUCGAAGAAGCCGAAUACCUGCAUCAACAAGCGCGGAAUUCAUAACUUGGACAAGAUGGUGGCGCCUAUGUACGCGCAACUUCCACUCCUGCCUCUGACUGAUACCGAGAUCAUUGUGUACUUCUUCAACAGCCUCCGUCGGCCGAUCGUGGCUUUGCGCUUGUACGCGCGGGGAUGGGGCCCGGCGGCAAUCAGCGAUACUGUCAACGAGUACAGGAUGGUAGAGCCGGCAUAUCUUCGCAACACUUGCUCGGUUAAAUGCACCACUGCAAUCAAGAAGGGCCAUGAGAAGUAUGGCGCCGAGUGGGAGGCGGAAACAAGAGCCAUCUUCGCAAGCCAAGCCACCCUCGAUGAUAAGGCUACGGACAUGAUCCGCCUGGACAGUAGCGAGCAGGAGCUUGCAGUCGACUUUGAGCUGCGUGCGCUCUGUAGCGGCCUUCGCAAGCACCCCGGAAAGGAUCAAGGUGGCAUCUUCACUCGCUGCGUGCAGUGGUGCGAGGAAUACGACGCCGACUACAAAUUGUCCAACGUCUGGGAGUUAGCCGACGACCUCAACGCUGGCCGUGUUCCGAGCCGAUUUGCUAGUGUCGCUGAAGAUGAAUCUAUUUCACGCGCUGCAACCGAGGACACAGAUGACUUUGUCAUUGGCAAGGAUACGGAUGCCUCGUCUCAAGAAUAG